AAAAGCGCCAUUUUUGGAAGCUCGUCCAAACAAAGGCCGGCACUUUCUCCCCCGAGAUCCAAAGCCAUGGCCGCUCUCGCUCCCUCCAAGCUCGCCAUCUCCCCCGGCGUCAAGCUCCCGGCCUCCAUCCCCACCUCCAUUCCCUCCAUCUCCCUCCGUGGCUUCAGAUCCCGCCGUUCCUUCCUUGGCUCCACCGUCCGCCUCCCUGCGAUCUCUCCGAUCGCGCGAAUCACUGAGUCUCGGCACCCACAUAUCUCCGCUGCUGCGGCUUCCGUGGCGGAUGCGAAACCCACCGUCCUUGUCGCCGAGAAGCUCGGGGAAGCCGGGUUGGCACUCCUUCGUGAGUUCUCGAACGUCGAUUGCUCUUAUAAUUUGUCCCAGGAAGAGCUCUGCGCGAAGAUCUCGCUGUGUGAUGCGUUGAUCGUGAGGAGCGGGACGAAGGUCACGCGUGAGGUGUUUGAGGCGGCGCGCAGCAGGCUUAAGGUUGUUGGCCGUGCUGGCGUUGGGAUCGACAACGUUGAUCUGCAGGCAGCGACGGAGCAUGGAUGUCUCGUCGUCAACGCACCCACGGCAAACACCAUCGCUGCAGCCGAGCACGGCAUCGCUCUUCUCACUUCCAUGGCUCGCAACGUCGCUCAGGCCGACGCUAGCAUGAAAGCUGGAAAAUGGCAGCGCAACAAGUAUGUUGGUGUUUCUCUGGUGGGGAAAACACUGGCAGUUAUGGGAUUUGGAAAGGUUGGUUCAGAAGUUGCAAGGCGGGCGAAAGGACUUGGAAUGCACGUUGUUGCUCAUGAUCCAUAUGCCCCUGCUGACAGGGCUCGUGCUAUCGGUGUAGAACUUGUGUCAUUUGAUGAAGCCAUAUCUAAUUCGGACUUCAUUUCUCUUCACAUGCCUCUGACACCUACAACUUCAAAGAUUUUCAAUGAUGAUACCUUUGGGAAAAUGAAAAAGGGUGUGAGAAUCAUCAAUGUUGCAAGGGGUGGAGUUAUUGAUGAAGAUGCCUUGGUGAGAGCUCUUGACAAUGGAACUGUUGCUCAGGCUGCACUUGAUGUCUUCACUAAGGAACCUCCAGCAGCAGACAGCAAAUUGGUGCAACAUCCAAAUGUAACUGUCACACCUCACUUAGGUGCUAGUACAAUGGAAGCUCAGGAAGGUGUAGCUAUCGAAAUAGCAGAGGCAGUUGUUGGAGCAUUGAAAGGUGAGCUAGCUGCAACUGCUGUAAAUGCCCCCAUGGUUCCUGCUGAGGUUCUAUCUGAGCUUGCUCCUUACGUUAUCCUCGCCGAGAAGCUCGGUAGAUUGGCUGUUCAACUAGUAGCAGGAGGCAGCGGCAUCAAGGGUGUCAAAGUUGUAUACACUUCAGCUCGAGACCCAGAUGACCUGGACACUAGGAUUCUCCGGGCAAUGGUUACAAAAGGCAUCAUUGAACCAAUAUCCAGUGUGUUUGUCAACCUUGUCAAUGCCGACUAUACUGCAAAGCAGAGAGGCCUCCGUAUCAGUGAGGAGCGUAUCUUCCACGAUGGCUCUGCCGAGAUCCCAUUAGACUCCAUCCAAUUGCACCUAUCGAAUGUAGAGUCCAAGUUUGCGAGUGCUAUCUCUGAUUCGGGCGAUAUCAGAGUUGAGGGGAGGGUGAAGGAUGGUAUACCACAUCUCACAUUGGUCGGGUCCUUCGCUGUAGAUGUGAGCCUUGAAGGGAACUUGAUACUGUGCAGACAAGUUGAUCAGCCCGGUAUGAUCGGCCGGGUCGGGAAUAUACUCUCUGAGCAAAAUGUGAAUAUCAGUUUCAUGAGUGUCGGUAGGACAGCUCCGAAGAAGCAGGCAAUUAUGGCAAUCGGUGUUGACGAAGAACCUGAGAAGGAAACUCUUAAGAAGAUUGGUGAUAUCCCUGCAAUUGAAGAGUUUGUCUUCCUUAAGUUAUAGAGCAAAAUAAUAUUUUUUGUUCUCAUAGACUAAAAUAAAAUAAAUGUGCUGCUUGAAGUCUUUGAUGUCUGUUCUUGAUUUCUAGCUGUUUCCAUUGGUUUAUAAGGGAUUGUUGUGUGACCAAUUUUUGACAAUCUUCCGGUCAAAAUUUGUCAAAAUUUCUUCUGUACUUUGACUUUUGAUCUAUUUUAUUUUAUUUUAUUUUUUUGGGAGCAAUA